UUGGCCAUCGAUCUUCUUAACCCCUCUGUUGAGCACGAGAAGCGCUCUCACAAGCUUAAGAGACUCGUGCAAUCUCCUAACUCCUUCUUCAUGGAUGUUAAGUGCCCUGGUUGUUUGAACAUCAGCACUGUUUUCAGUCACGCCCAAACUGUUGUCUUGUGUAAUUCUUGUGGUACCGUUUUGUGCCAACCUACUGGUGGUCGUGCUCGCUUGACUGAGGGUAAGUCUUUUUAUUGUUGUUGA